GUAGGCCACACGAUUCGGUUCUGCCAGCAACGGCGGGAUGAUGAGCUUGCGGGCCUUAUUUCCUCUUGUAUGGAUGGGGAUAUAUACGACAAGUGGGGGGAGCACAUUGACCCCAGGACCCCGGGAGGGAUCAGGCAGGAGGCCCUCAGGCGGGCAGCGGUAGGGCCAUCGGCCGCCCCGACCAUGUUUAGAAUGUGGCAGGAAAGGGAAGACCCGGCCAUAAGGAUCGAAGAGAUCACGGGGGAUAAUGAGGAGGUUACGCAACGAUUAAAGGUCGGGGCCAUAAAGGAAGAGCCAAUAAUUGUUGAGUCAGAUGAUGAGGGGAGAGAGGAUGAAGGGGAGCCGACCGUAACCACCCUCGAAAAGAUGAAAGAUUUGGUGGAGAAAAUUGGGAGGUACCAGCGGAGACUGAAAACGCUGUGUGAUGAAGUCCAAGGGUGGAGAGCCGACCUCCCAAAGGUCUUCCUCUAUGAGACCGGGCCGGGGCCCGCAGCUGGACAACAGAGUAGCCCCGGGGUUGCCGUGGCAGGCUCUGGCCCCAGGUCAGGGAUAAUGUUCAGGCCGUCCACCCCGCAUGGGCGGGCGCCACAAGCAACUCAAACCAGGAGCCAAAGUAAGGCGGGCCCUAGUCAGCCACCAAGCCGAGUGCCAAGUCAGGCACCCCCACGGAAGAGACCUGAGCCGGAGCGUAGAAAGGAGGUGGUUGAGGUCCAGGAAGAAGAGGAAGAGGAUGACGACAUGGAGGAUGAGAAACUCCGUCAGGAGGAGGAUCGGCGGACGGAGCAGAGAGCUCAAAGAAAAGAGGCGCAGGAGAGAGUCGAGCCAGAGACACAGGAUGGAGUGCCCAGGAAGAGAAAGUACACGGUCAGGCUGGAGAAGGACUUUGAUGUGGAAAGGAUGGUGGACCGACUCCUUGAAGGUCAUAACGACCUUAUGAACUUAAAAGACAUUCUGGGGUCCGCACCAAGACUUCGGGAAAAGUUGAAAGAGCGAUUGUCUAGAAGGCUAGUGCCCAACGUGCAUUUGAGUGUUGUCCUGCCCAGGGAAGUGGGGUGGACACAAGCUGGGACAAGAAUGGACUGGAAGUGCGCGGCAUGUGGACUGGUGGACUUGGUAGUAAAAGAGAAGAAGUGCGUGGCAAUGAUGGAUACGGGCGCCGAAAUGAACAUCAUUAGGGAAAGAGAUGCGCUCAUGCUCGGGAUGGAGAUCGACCGUGCAGAUCAUGGUGUGUUGCACGGGGCUAACUGCAAGGCAGUUUUUUGCGGCACCGCGUCGAAUGUGAUCAUAGAGAUUGGCAAGGUGCGAGCAAGGACGUGCUUUUUCGUUAUGCCAGAUGUGGAUCAUCCCAUCCUUCUGGACAGAUCGUUCAUGUGCAGAACGGAGACCCUGAUCUUCAACAAGCACGACGGAAUGAUGAUAUUACUCCUGAGUGAUCCAGCUUGUGGGAACUAUGAAGUUGUCACCUGCCGGAACAUGGGGCCAGGGAGCGAGCGGAAUAGGCCUAACCUCGGCUCGUUCACCUAUUUGAUGAAGAAGAGGCAUCGCGCCUACGCCUUUAAUGAUGACCAGCGAGGGAGGCUGGAUGUGGAUAAGAUCCCGAUGAUCCGGAUCCACACCGUCCCCCAUGAGCCUUGGAAUUUGAGGGGUGCGCGAUACCCAAACCCCGAUGAGGAGAAGAUGGUGGUGGACUAUCUGGAUGGCAAGCUGCGCACGCAUGUUGCCGGUUAUUCUAGCGGUCCGUAUGCUUCCCCUUGGUUCUGCUUUAUUAAGCCGAACGGGACGCUACGGUGGGUACAGGAUCUGCAGCGACUAAAUGCAGUAACGGUGCCAGAUGCGGGAGGCUUGCCGAACGCAGAUGCACUUUCAGAGUCAUGCGCGGGGAGGCCUAUAAUCUCACUUAUAGACCUCUAUUCCGGGUAUGAUCAGUUUCCUGUUUACCCGCCCAAUAGACUGAGACAUAUGAUCAGGGCCAUGCAAACAGUCGGCCUGCACAUCACCCAGCCCUACAUCGACGACUUGGCGGUCAAAGGGCCAAAAGAGAAAGAGGAGGACGAGGUGCGGCCCGGAGUGAGACGUUUCGCCUGGAGGCAUAUCCAGGAUCUCGAUCGAGUGAGGCAUAUCCUAGGGUUUGUCUGCAAUGACAAGGGCCAGAAGCCAGAUGUGAAGAAGACAGUCAAGAUCUUAGAGUGGUCGGUGCCUUUCCAGACUAUAACGGAUGUGAGAAGCUUUCUUGGCACUUGCGGAUUUUGGGGGAGCUUCGUGAAAGACUUCGCCGCCAAGACUGAGCACUUAAGGAAGCUAGUGCGCCAGCACCAGGAGUGGGUUUGGGGCGAAGACCAGGAAGAAGCGGUAACCAGGAUGAAGGGAGAGUUCAGGGAAGGAGGCCGCGGCAAAUGGGAAAGUGCGGAUCAGGAGUCGACCGAAGACACCCCACCUGUCAACGGGUUCCUGGAUCAGGAAGAAGAUGUGCGACUCCAUAUAGACAAGUGGGCGCUGCGAGUACCCAGUUGUGUUAGCUAUCCCAUAUGGAUAACACCAAGAGGAUAUGAGCGGAAGGCCGACUUAGUCCUUAAGCGAUUUCAGGAAGAAGAUCCGUGGGGAGGCAAGGACACUCAGUGGAUGAUGAAGUUGGCACUGGCAGGGACACAUGGCUUGGUGGAAGAGGUGAGGACAAUAGAGGAAGGGCCCACUUAUGUAGAGGAGCAUGAGCAGCUAAUGGGAGGGAUGUAUCUGCUCACUAAUACGCUCCUGCAAGGAGACAUCGACCAAAGGGGUUCGUUUAGUUAUGAGGAGAACAAAAUCCUAAUUCCUGAAAUCCAAGACGACGAGUUCGAAGAGGGAGAGAUUAAGGAGGCGUUCCGGGCAGAGGAAUACAAUAGGAUCUAUCUCGAGUUGGGCCUACUUCUAUCCUGUGAGAUGAGGAACAGGGACGCUAGCGACAAGGCGCAGAAGAUGAGUCACCUCUACGUGGUGAGAGAUGGACAUCUGUUUAUAAAGCGGCAAGUCGGGAAUCCCAAGCGGAUUGUGUGCGGGAGGAACCAACAGUUGGACAUCAUAGCGGCAUUACAUGAUGAUAUAGCAGGUGGGCACAGAGGGGUGAGUGCCACAUGCGCAAAGAUAAGCGAGCUCUUCCAUUGGGAUGGAAUGCUGACGAUGGUCAUCAAGUACUGCCAAUCCUGUGUACCUUGCCAGGAAAGGUCAGCGCAAAGGCCGGGAGAGCCCCUGCACCCAAGGUUGGAAAAGGAAGUGGGUGCAGUUGUACACCUGGACCUGCUGUUUAUGCCAAUGGGGGAAAAUGGGUGCAACUACAUCUUCGAUGCACGCGACAAUCUCACCGGGUUUGUAGACGGGUGGGUCAUCCGGACGAAGACUGGCCCAGUUUUGGCGAAUUGCAUCGAGGAGUAUUACCUGCGCUAUCCUUUUGUCAAGGAGUUCGUGAUGGAUCAAGGGUACUCCCUGCUUAGUGAUGAGUUCGCUCUCAGGAAAGACGAGGUGGAACAGUUGACUGCCCAACUCGCAGAGGAGAGGGCCGAGAGCAGGGUCAGGCAAGCUCGUUUGGAGGCGAAGGAGGCUGAGUGGGAGGCGAAGCUCAAGGAAAUGGCGGCCGCAGUGGAAAUACUUACCGCCGCCAAGGUUAUCGACUGGACUAAGCAGAGCAGGUAUGGCAUCCAAGGCAAGGAGGUGCAAGGGCUGUUUGGCCAAGAGGAGGCAACAGAGGCAUCUCAGCAAGAGAAGUUGGGGAAGGUAUUUCUGGACCCAGCUGAGGCAGAGGCAAGGAAGGAAGCCAACAAGGGAAGCUUUGAGUUCAAGGCUCCCACUGAGCUCACUUCACAGCAGGAGGCCGCUACCUCAGCAGAUGCUCCUAUGGAGGCGCUGACCUGAGAACCCCAACCUGCAUCAGUAGGAGAGGGGGAGGCAGAGGAGUCACUGACAAUCCUUCUGGACGUACAGGAGGGGACUCUCACUGGAGCGAUGGAGCCUCCACGACUUGAGGCACAGGGGAAGGAGCCAUCCCGCUUGGACGAGUUGUUGGAAGUGGAUAUGCCGCCAGAGGAGCCUCGAGAGCAGAUGACCCCGGAACAUGAGCCAGAGAUGGGGGAAUUGAGAGCACAGCUAGGCUCAUGGGCCACUGGGACAGAUUCGGGAGGACCGACUACUGAGCGGCGACAGCAGGAGGCCACGAGCCAGCCUACUAGAGCCACUACUCCCCAGGCUCCGAGGGCCAGAGAGGGGGAGGAGGAAGCCAUAUUGGAGGUGACCCGCGAGGGCCAGCCACUGAGAUUGGAUACCCCUGAGUACCAACCCGAGAGAGAAAUGCAGCAAGGGGAAUCAAGUGCCCAUGGAAUC